GCGCUCCAGUCCAAUAUGGCGAGUGGCAGCGGCGGGGCCGGGGCCGGGGGCCGCGGGCUGACCGGCGCCCGUUGGGGCCGCUCGGGGUCCGCCGCGCAGGAGAAGCUCCCCGUUCAUGUGGAGGAUGCCCUCUCCUAUCUGGACCAGGUGAAGAUCCGGUUUGGCAGCGAUCCGGCCACCUACAAUGGCUUCCUGGAAAUCAUGAAAGAGUUCAAGAGCCAAAGCAUUGAUACUCCCGGAGUCAUUAGGCGUGUGUCUCAACUAUUUCAUGAGCAUCCUGACCUCAUCGUGGGAUUCAACGCUUUCCUUCCUCUGGGCUACAGAAUAGAGAUCCCAAAGAAUGGCAAACUGAACGUCCAGUCGUCAGUGGCAAAUCAGGUGUCUUCAGAUUCUGUUCCAAAUACCUUGCCCGGUAGUGGAUUAUUGUUGCAUUAUUGCCAGGAGAAUUCUCAUAACCACAAUGACUGUUCAGAAGACUUCAAGCAACAGCUUCCAUACAAAGAAGACAAGCCUCAGAUGCCCUUAGAAUCUGAUUCUGUGGAAUUCAACAAUGCUAUAAGCUAUGUGAAUAAGAUUAAAACCCGUUUUCUUGACCAUCCAGAAAUCUACAGAUCAUUUUUAGAAAUACUACACACUUACCAGAAGGAGCAGCUGAACACUAAAGGUCGGCCUUUCCGUGGCAUGUCAGAGGAGGAGGUGUUUACUGAAGUAGCUAAUCUCUUCAGAGGCCAAGAGGAUCUUCUUUCUGAAUUUGGACAGUUCCUUCCAGAGGCUAAAAGAUCUCUGUUCACAGGGAAUGGGCCUUGCGAAAUGAACAGCCUCCAGAAAAGUGAGCAUGAAAAGAACAUGGACCACACUAAAAAACGAUCUAGGCCCCUACUCCUGCGUCCUGUUACUGGGCCAGCCAAGAAGAAGAUGAAACUUCGAGGUACCAAAGAUCUGUCAGUGGCAACAGUGGGAAAAUAUGGAACAUUGCAAGAGUUUUCUUUCUUUGACAAGGUACGCAGGGUGCUGAAGAGCCAAGAGGUGUAUGAGAACUUUCUUCGUUGUAUUGCUCUCUUCAAUCAGGAGUUGGUAUCUGGCUCAGAACUCUUACAGCUAGUCACUCCCUUCUUAGGAAAAUUUCCAGAACUCUUUGCACAGUUCAAAUCUUUUCUGGGAGUAAAAGAGUUGUCAUUUGCGCCACCCAUGAAUGAUAGAUCUGCCGAUGGGAUUGGUCGGGAAAUCGACUAUGCGUCUUGCAAGCGCAUAGGAUCAAGUUAUCGGGCGCUCCCCAAAACUUACCAACAGCCGAAGUGCAGUGGAAGGACAGCCAUUUGCAAGGAGGUGUUGAAUGAUACCUGGGUCUCCUUUCCAUCCUGGUCUGAAGACUCUACAUUUGUCAGCUCCAAAAAAACCCCCUACGAGGAGCAGUUGCAUCGCUGCGAGGAUGAACGGUUUGAGUUAGAUGUUGUCUUGGAGACCAAUCUGGCCACAAUUCGCGUGUUGGAGAGUGUUCAGAAAAAGCUCUCCCGAAUGUCUCCUGAGGAUCAGGAGAAAUUCCGAUUGGACGAUUGCCUGGGAGGAACAUCUGAAGUGAUCCAGCGGAGAGCAAUCUACCGCAUUUAUGGGGACAAGGCUACAGAGAUCAUUGAGAGUCUUAAGAAAAACCCGGUUACUGCAGUUCCUGUUGUGCUGAAAAGGCUGAAGGCAAAGGAGGAGGAGUGGAGGGAGGCCCAGCAGGGCUUCAAUAAGAUCUGGCGGGAGCAGUAUGAGAAGGCAUACUUAAAGUCCCUUGACCAUCAAGCUGUCAACUUUAAACAAAAUGAUACCAAAGCCCUACGAUCUAAGAGCUUGCUGAAUGAAAUUGAGAGCGUGUACGAUGAGCACCAGGAGCAGCAUUCAGAGGGCCGAAAUGGCCCCAACAACGAACCCCAUCUCAUUUUCGUUUACGAAGACAAGCAUAUUCUGGAGGAUGCAGCAUCUCUGAUCAGCUACUAUGUGAAAAGGCAACCCACAAUCCAGAAAGAAGAUCAGGGCACGAUCCAGCAAAUAGUCCAUCACUUUGUACCGAACCUAUUCUUUUCUCAGCUCUCUGAACUUGGCAUCUCAGAGGAGUCGACAGACGAAGACCGAGAAAAUGGUCAGGGGCAGAAUCUGGGUACUCCGGAUGUCCGGAAAAAAUCUGCGCCGCUACCCCAGAGCAGCCCCCGAGAGGAGAAAGCGGGUUUCUGCGAUGCCGUGGCUAGUGAGCCACAAAAAACCCUGGACGACGUGUAUAGCCUUUUUUUCGCCAAUAAUAAUUGGUAUUUCUUUCUGCGCCUUCACCAGACUCUGUGUUCGAGACUCUUAAAAAUCUACCGUCAAGCUCAGAAGCAACUUUUAGAAUAUAGAACUGAAAAAGAGAGAGAGAAACUCCUCUGUGAAGGAAGAAAAGAGAAAUCCAACGAUCCUGCUAUGGAGUUGAGACUAAAGCAGCCAAGCGAAGUGGAACUCGAAGAAUAUUACCCAGCCUUUUUAGAUAUGGUGAGGAGUUUACUUGAGGGGAAUAUUGACCCCACUCAGUACGAGGACACUCUGAGGGAGAUGUUCACCAUUCACGCCUACAUCGGCUUUACCAUGGACAAGCUGGUGCAGAACAUUGUGCGACAGCUUCACCAUCUAGUAAGUGAUGACAUCUGCUUGAAGGUAGUCGAACUCUACUUAAAUGAGAAAAAGCGUGGAGCUGCUGGAGGGAACUUAUCCUCUCGAUGUGUUCGAGCAGCGAAGGAGACGAGCUACCAGUGGAAAGCAGAGCGCUGCAUGGCAGAUGAGAACUGCUUUAAGGUAAUGUUUCUUCAGAGGAAAGGGCAGGUGAUAAUGACCAUUGAGUUACUGGAUACAGAAGAAGCCCAGACUGAAGACCCUAUGGAAGUUCAGCACUUGGCCAGUUACAUGGAACAGUAUGUGGGUGUGGAAGGAGCCCCAAACAACCAGAAUGAUGGAUUCCUACUGAAACCUGUUUUUCUGCAAAGAAACCUUAAGAAAUUUCGCAAGUGGCAAUGUAAGCAAGUGAGAGCUCUUCGGAACGAAGUGAAGAGUUCCUGGAAGAGGUUGAUUGGGGUGGAGAGUGCUUGCAACGUGGACUGCCGAUUCAAACUCAACACCCACAAAAUGAUGUUCAUCAUGAACUCCGAGGACUACAUGUACCGACGUGGCACCCUGGGCCGAGCAAAGCAGGUGCAGCCUGUGGUCUUGCUGAAACACCACCAGCAAUUUGAGGAGUGGCACAGCAGAUGGCUCGAAGAGAACGUGACCAUGGAGGCAGCAGAGCUAGUUCAAGACUGGCUGAUGGGUGAAGAGGAUGAGGAUAUGGUGCCGUGUAAGACAACCUGUGAGACGGUGAAUGUACACGGCAUCCCCGUGAACCGUUACCGGGUGCAGUAUAGCCGUCGACCGGCCUCGCCCUGAGCGGUUCCAUGUGGGGACAGUUAACGGCGGAGAGAGCUUUGCUUUCUAACCCCCUACUAGAAUGAUUUAAAAAAAAAGAUAAAAGUGGUGGGAAUGCAACAUGUGUAUUAAUGGAAUUUAUCAUAAUGGCAUUUUACUUACUAUAGGUUAGUAUGUAUUUUUCAUAUGGUACCUAAUUGUCUCCCUACAGUAUGAUCCGUACGAGAUAUUGUAUGAGGUGAAUGGGCUGGAUGGUCUCAGAGCCCUGGGUCCCCACGGUUUCCGCUCUAUCCAGAACCAUCCUGAGCGGGCUUCCCGAGGCCUGGGAGGCUAAGGGGCCCUUGAAAAGCAAAGGCUGGCUCCUGGACCUCCCCCUCCCCGCCUCUGAAAGCCACGCUCUUCAGAGCAGGACUGAGGAAAGAGUUCAAGGCUUCGGAGCUGCCAUCGGCAACUGCUUUGAACUAGCCCCUUGGUCCUCUUCUGUGCCAAAUCCGCAAGUCUUCUCCAGGGGAGAUCUGUCUUGGCGGCCUCUAGCCCUCGUGGGGGGUGAAGAGGCUGCAUUGUCUCAUUGCAUUAAUGAUCUGACUAAUGCAUUUACUGUUGCUGCUUCUGUUUGGAAAUGCCAAAUCCCCGGGAGGUCAGGGUGGAGGAAAGGCCCAAGGGGUUAGUGAGUUGCCCUUGAGAAAGACGAACAACCCAAGUAUUCGAGUUGUUCUCCGCCGGAAUAGGCAGCUCUCAAGGUCGGGCGAAGGGACAGGGCAGAAUCACCAGUCCAUCCGCCGCCACCUAGGAUGGGCCUUCAUUCAGCUGAUGCGGUCGAUUUUAUUGGGCACCUCCUGGGUGCUGAGGCAGAGGACAGGGAUGAACCAUUGUUCAGACCCGUUCCCUGGCCCACUGGGGACUCCCGCUCCCCACAGAAUGGUGGGGGACAGUUUGACGGCAGAGACCCAAAUAGAGAUUGAAACGUGAUAACGGCAAACUAACCAAAACAGAGAGGACAACUCCGAAAAAAAUAAACGGGACAGUGAUGAUGGAGUUUCCUGUCAGGACGAACAAAUGAGCCUCAUUCCUGAGAUAGAGCAAGAAGGACCUGACUAGGGUGCUAGUGGUUUGCCCAUCUGCCGUGUUUUCCCUGGGACACCAAGUGCAAUGAGCAAUUAGGCGGGCAGGGGCACGGCACGUUGAGUGCCCCCCAAGGCUUUUUUAUGUGCAGCACCCAUUUACCGCCGAAAGAGAUCACGGCGCAGCUCCCAGAGCGCCGUAACUCAGCAGGCAGGUUCCUUGGUAGCUGUCCACGGCAGCCGGCCGAUUUUUCCGGGUUCCUGCUGGGGCCCGCCCAGCUCACGGGCCACCCCUCUGUGGUUCUUCCAGUGGAGAGGCUUCACCGCCAGUGGCCCAGCGCCAACGGGCAUUCCCCGGCUCGCGGAGCCCAGAACUGCAGCACAUCGCCCAGAGCGACUGGACCUUACGGCUAAAGGGAUAGUUCUCGGGCUCUUCACCCCACACUCUGGCAGGCUGACCCACGUCUAACAGUCAUAAUCUGCGGAACAUUCUAAAUGUUUGUAUGGUGGACUGCUGCUGUCCAUCAGCGUUAAUUUCCAGUGGCUUAUGCGUGUGGCAGAUGUUUUGGUCCGAAGGGAUUCCUCAACCGGGAACCUAGAGUCUGAAUAAAUGAAUAUAGCUGGUUUGGGGUUUUUUUUUUUUUUUUGUUUUUGUUUUUGUUUUGCUUUGCUUACGGGUGCUCACAUUGUCUGCUUUUUAAAAACCGCAUCUUGCCAGCACUUAGUCCUUGCAGGCACUCAGCCACUUUGAGAGAAAUUCUUUUCAGUUAAACUGAGAUAGUACUAUUUUAUAAAAGUAGCAAUUGCAGAUAAAGCCCUUGAAGCAAAGUAAGUGCACCAUCUCGUUGCCUCUUCCCGACAGGCGGAACCGAAGGCAGUUCCUUUCCCUAAUGGUUGUCCACUUGGCAGGAGGGGUUCCCCCCGUGGGUCCGACGGGGAGCAUUAAAGAAUAGCGGCCCUGCUGGGGGGUCCCCGGAAGCCGUUGCAGCUGUCCCUUCCAACUCCGAAACACUGAACCCCAUACUUAACGUUAAGGUUGACUUGAGCCUCGGAAGGACAGGGAAGUGGGAGUGAAUAGUGUCGUGACCUCGCUCCACAGAGGGCCUCUGAACUGCCACCCAUGGAACCUAACAAGAUGCUCUGAGGAGACACCAUCUCUUGCUUUUUCCGUGUUUAUGAGACGUGGCAGAUUCAGAAUGGAAUUGUGUACUUAGGCCCCUAUAUAUGACUAUAUUUUGUGGUUUAAUUUUAAGCUUGUGACUUCUGCAAAAGUCAAGGACGGUAGCUCCCUGGAAGACUUGUGAUUCCCCACCCCCACCCCCCCUCUGGUUUUUGUUGUUUUUCAUACUGUACACUGUUUGGUUCCACAGUUGUUUCGGUUGACAGCACUCAUGAGAAGACGCGACCGUUUGACCAUCUUUGACGGAAGAGAAAUGGGUUAUUUUGGUUCGGAAAUCCUUUUUCUCCCAAAGUAACACGGGAGUGAUGAGGCGGAGGGUGACCCUCGCAGUGGCCUCGAGGCAGGAAGAUUGACCAGGUUUUGUUUGUUAGGUGAUGGGAAACUUUCUCAAGUCGCUGGCUUGGUUAGACCAUAGACGCAGAGGAUGGAUUUGGGUGCCGGUCGUGGGUCUGACCAAUACAAUAGGCAGUAUUUCCUCCAAUCAGCUUCUACCAAUGCACCUCAGUCAUCUUCAGCUCUCUGCUACUCUUGCAGCAGAGACAACCAAUUGUGCCAAACUUUGCUAUGGUUUUAUGAUAGAUAGAUGUUUGUUAUAGAAUUAGAUGGCAAAAUGUGGCUUAAGAUGCAUUUGAUCCCGAAACCUCCUCCCCUUCCCCUCCCGUCACCCCCCCCAAACCCUCUGGUGAGUGAAACAAAUGCAUCCUGCACACUGCCCGAUCUCCCCGUUUUGUUUUUUUUUUGAAACGUAUUUCAGGUAUUUUUAAGCAUCCUUAUUUUAUAAGCAAGUUAAUUUAUAAUCUGAAUAGGAUAGAGACACUCCGACUGAAGAGAGGUUUUCAACCACUUAUAGAGACCAGCUUUAGUGUAGCACCCCCUGUCCAGUCAUAGAAAAUCAUGGCAAAUGGAAACAAGUGGGAUGGUGAAUGGGUUGAAAGCAGUGUGCUGACUUCCCUGAAACUUCAGUCUCGAACACCCUGUGUCUUCUAGCAUGUUUUUAAGGAAAGUCUGUUCUUCCAUUUUUGAAGGAUCUUUGCUUCGGGGCUUGUAAUUCCUUUGCCAGCUAUUUUGAAUGUAGUUUCCUUUUAUAUUUAUUUGCACAUUGAAGUAAAAUAAAAUAUUGAUGAAAAGGUGGA